UCCAAAUGUCAACAUUUUAUUGUGGAGCUAGAUGCCAUUAGCUGUGGAGACGAAUGAUCUCUGACAGACAGCUGUGGGCCCGCUAUCGGCAAAUAAAACCAGCUGCUUCAAUAAUACCAUACAGCUAUAAAGUCAGACCAUGUAUCGUACCAAGUCACAAGAGUUCUAACAGCCUUUCGUUCACGACGUGUUGUGCCUUAGCCUCUUACCGCUUAAGCCUUUGCGACUACCAACAUGAUGAAAUCUGUCGGUCUUGUCCUUCUUCUCACGGCAGCCUUUGCCUACUCCGGUGUUGAAGGUACAAGUGCGUGUGCUGAGUCCAUAAACGCCGUAUUGGGGUACGAAUCCAGGAUUCCUAUCAUCAACGCCUGCAAGGUGGAUCCAAAGGCAAAUGCCUCCUUGAAUGCCCUCGCAGGUAAUCCUGCCUGCAAAGACUACAAGUUCAGUACCCGCAAUCGCAAGUGCGAAGUUCUCGCAGCUCCCUGCAUGAAAUGGGUAGCGAAACAACUUGGUUUUUUGACGGCUGAUGGCUCCAUCGACAACACUAUGAUCUUCCUCCAGUACAAGGCUUUCAUCAAAGCCAACCCUGCCUGCAACGCUGCUCAGUACGACUACGCUGUGAAAAAAUGCGAAAAGAAAAUCAAGAACUACGCGUUAAUAAAGAAGGCUGCUUGCAUGGCCAACGCGACGGACAAGUACACUGGCUAACCUGCACAAUCUGUCCUCAUUCCUUCAUCUGACAGGCGGCUUUGAAGUGUUCACAACAGGUGCACAAUAAUAAUUAGGUGACCACUUCCUCCAGUCAAUGUGUGCAUUCGCAGUAGAAAUUGUCUAAUCGGAAGAUCAUUGUAGUCUGCGAAACAAUAAAAGCAAUAAAGUCCUACUAUUACCAGGAUCAGAU